AUGGCUUCUGCAGGCAGGGGUCAUACAGUGCUUCUCCGGAGUGAUGGCAGCGCUAUUGCCAUUGGAUUUAACCGUCAUGCACAAUGUGACAUCCCACCUUUGGAUGAGGGAAUGACGUACGUCCAGGUUUCUGCGGGCGGUUUUCAUACAGUACUUCUCCGGAGUGAUGGCAAUGCUGUCGCCAUUGGAGACAAUCGACAUGGACAAUGCAACAUACCAGCUUUGGAGAAAGGAAUAGCAUACACCCAAAUUUCUGCAGGCUUUGGUCACACAGUGCUUCUCCGCAGUGAUGGCUGUGCUGUUGCCAUCGGAGACAAUCGAUGUGGACAAUGCAACAUCCCAGCUUUGGAUGUGGGAAUGGCCCACGGCCAGAUUUCUGCAGGUUGGUAUCAUACAGUGCUUCUCCGGAGUGAUGGCUGUGCUAUUGCCAUUGGAGACAAUACAAGUGGACAAUGCAACAUCCCAGCUUUGGAUGUGGAAAUAUCCUACGCCCAGAUUUCUGCAGGUUUUGGUCAUACAGUGCUUCUCCGGAGUGAUGGCAGGGCUGUCGCCAUUGGAAGCAAUGUAGAUGGACAUUGCAACAUCCCAGCUUUGGAUGAGGGAAUUGCAUACACCCGAAUCUCUGCAGGCAGGGGUCAUACAGUGCUGGUCCGGAGUGAUGGCGGUGCCGUUGCCAUCGGAGACAAUGGACAUGGACAAUGCAACAUCCCAGCUUUGGACGAAGGAACAGCAUACACCCAGAUUUCUGCAGGAUGUUAUCAUACAGUGCUUCCGCGCAGUGAUGCCAAUGCUGUUGCCAUCGGAGACAAUAGAACUGGACAAUGCAACAUUCCAUUGCCAGAGCCGGGAACCUUCUACAUUACGGAUGUGACACAUGGCAGAGACUUACUUUUACAACUAGAAUUCGUUCGCGAGGAUGAUGACAUCACACUGAUAUGCUCUUCUUUGGUUGGGGAAGAAUGCCUUCGUUUGACCUCACAAGGGGUUGAUUCGGCCUGGGAGACGCACAAAAGGAUUGCCCGUGAAUUGAAUGUGAACCUCCCUAAUCUCCAGCUCAUUUUGCCACAUGGGCAAUUGUUGGCCAAAAUCUGCCAUGCAAAUCCAGUAGCCUUGGUUGCCGAGGUAUACGUCCACGAAUGGUCGCCCGGAGACUUCGUGGUCUGGGACAACCGCAGCACACUUCACAGCACCACAGUGCAGAAGACGCCCAGCAAUCCGGCUUGCCAAGCAUUCAUUGAGAAGAAAAGGGGCGAGUUUAUUUAUGAUGGACGCGAUCGCAGCGCGGCCGCGCUGUGCGGCUGCCAUCGGGCGCUGGAGAAGCUGGCGCCAGCGCCCAACGAGCUGCAACUUGUAGAGGCGCCGCGUGUUGCCUUGGCGUUCUCCUCGCAACGGCUGCGACAGAGCUUGCGUCGUUUGCACCUGGCGGCAGCAGGCCUUGUGGAGCUGGAGCUUCUGGAUUUCCUGGCACUUGAAGAACUCACCGUGCAGCUGCAGCGUUUUUCACGACGUGGUUCACGCCGCCGUGCACAGCACCCACCAUGGCCUUGCGGCUUUUCGCCGCACUGUUGGGCACCGCAGCAGCCAGUGGAUGGAAAGAUUGCGGCGAUGACUGGACGGGCUGCUGCAGACAAGAUGCCAAGUGCCAUGGCCGAAAAUGUUGAUGUUGGUGGGACUUGCAACAGGUACUCCUCGUUGAAAGCCUUGGUGCAUUUUACCAACGUCACGGAGCUGAACGCCCGGGGCGAAGCGGAUGUGGUGCACUUGGACGACCCCUUCUUCACCAUUGAGGUGCAGGGCAGGUCCAUGGUCAAGGAGACCAUUUCAAACAUCAGCGUUCAGAUUCGCGGCUACUGGUCGCUCUCUGCGGAAGGACCAUGGUUGAGAUAUGUGAAUGUUCACAAGGACCUCUGCAGCGACCCUGAUGUGAUCGUCAAAGAAGGCUUUUGUCCACUGACUCCUGAGGCCAUCAUCGACAAAAAAGUGAAGCACGGACAGCUCUCCAAAUUUACACCAGGAGGCCUCUACAAAUCCAUUGAGACCUGGUGGGACGGCGAUCGACCUAUCGCAUGUGUGGACACGGGCAUUUGGCACUUGGUGCGUUCCGAACAUGCCAUGCUGGCACCCGAUUUGGAGACCUUCAAAGCUUCCUGCGACUCCCUGCAGAGCUUGAACUUCGACUUUGAGGCGCCCCAAAAGUUGCGCAGCUUUCACCUGCGACGGUGGGCGAAAGAUGGUGAGGGAAGGAGUUUGACUCUGCAACCUGAAGGUCUUUGGCUACAGGAUUUGAAUGUGGAGAUCUCUGGAGGCAGCGUCUCCUUGGAUCUAUCAGAUUCUUCUCUGACGCAGCUGAGGCUGAAGCUGUCUGCUGGCGCCGCUGCUGCGGCUGUCACGUCCCUGGGGCGCUUGAAGCAGCGGAGACUGCAACGCUUGGACCUGGAUCUUGUGGAAGAUGUCGAUGGAAACGAGGUGCCAAAUCUUCGCGGUUUCAGUCACCUCCAAGAGCUCUCGGUCAGGGCAGAUGCCAUGCUGGCGCUUCCUGACGCUUUAGAGCUGAAGGACUUGUGCUUGGAGGUGCCGAGCCUAGAACACUUGGACCUCUCAGAGUGGACCGUCUACGGCUCCCUACAGAGGCUCACGCUGGCGACUCCACGGCUUCAACGCCUGUCCCUUCCGACGGCCGGGGAACUGCGCAGCUUGCAGCUGAAGCAAGCAAAGCUCAGCGAGCUGCAGGUGCAUUUCAAGGCCUUCGAAACCCUGGCGCUGCCCGAGGACAGCGAAGCACCGCUGCGGUGCCUGCGGCUCAGCGGCUGCAAGCAGAUGCACACGCGCCAGUUGGCGCAUUUGUUGGCACAGCUGCCGCAUUUGACCGAACUGCAGCUGCAGAACUGCGCAGAUGUGGAGCAGCUGCAGCUGAGCACUUUGGAGCUGCAGGAGCUGCAGCUGAACCUCAGCCGCGCCCAUCGUUUGCACCUCCUCCGCCUGGUGGCGCCGCAGCUGACGCUGCUGAAGAUGCCACCGAUGACGGUGACCACCGCGACACCGCGGAGGGUGUGCUUGACAUGUGACAGGCUUGCUCAGCUGGACUUGAGUUCUCUCCGUUGGAGCGACUUGCUCGAGCUCAGACUCCAUCUGCCCAUGGUGAGCCAUUUCGUGUCGCCUGCGCGAGCACAUCCAUUGGAUCCCAUGGAGCCCAUGACCGGCUAA